AUGGGCCAUCCAGGCGCUCCGUCCGGUGUGGGCGGUGGCAACCCGGGCGACGCCGGGGCGGGUGCCAGCGGUGCCAGCGACCAGCGCGCGGCGCGGGAGCGCUACCGCAAUGCGCUCUUUGAUCGGGAGGCCAAAGCAGCCACCGCUUUGCUUGAGCAGGUGCGGCACUACGUGGGCCGUUCGGGGAAGUGCCACGUGAGCGACUUCGAGGACCUGUGCACCAUCCACCAUGCCAUCAGCAACCUGUACCAGCGCGUGCGGAGAUUCUCCAACGUGGAAGCCAUGCCGCGGGUCUAUCGCAACGCCGUGAAGGGCCCAGCCGUCGGACCGAACGAAAGGCCAACAGCGCCCACUCAGAACGAAGCCGAGCUGCUGAUCCUCAACAGCGACGGCCUGGAGGCGAAGGCCGAGGACGACGGAAGCGCCGCCGUUCUUGGCGCUUCGACGGCGUCUGUGCCGCUGGUGGCCUUGGAAGUCCUCCCCGCCGCCAUUGUUCGAUCUGGUGCGCAAGGUGCCAGAAAUCACGGUGCAGGACCGACUUUGUUGGCACGAUUUUGA